AUGUUAGUCAAUGGCAGUUUGCUGCAAAUAAGCCAAAUGAUCUCCCACAGCAAUCUAAUAGUUUUGAUUGUGGUUUUUUCAUUUCCCUUUAUACAAGGUGUCUUGUUGGUGAAGGCGUCAUGCUUUCUGAUAAGCAAAGCAUCUCUGAUUUCAGAAAGCAUACGCUACUAGAGCUGCAUAGCCAAAGUUUAAUUUAGUUCUUUUUGCUUUGAAAAGGGCAGCUACUAUGCUGUUGAUUACGUCAACAACUACUUCAUUGGUAGGGCACUCAGUGCACCUGACACAAGAAACUUUGCAGAGUUCAAGUUCCUCCACCGAAUCAAAACAACAAAUGUGAAGAGAUUCAAAUGGCCAAACCAUGAUGACAUUGACUGUGUCCAUUCCUCUUGCAAAUUUUAUGGCCCCCUCAACUUAAGAGGCCAUGCCCCCUUUGAGAUAGUGGACAUUAAGUAA